CCUAGGUUAGAUUUGACAACCUUUUCCCUAUAAAAAUAAGGAGAGAGAGACAUAACGCUUUUUCCACGUCAGUUUGAGACGCUUUAGAAAGAAGAAAAACAGAGAUUUAUUUAUUGGAAUCUUCGACGGAUUGCUUUUUUCAGACAUCAGUUUGAGAGGCUUUAGAAAGAAGAAAAACAGUUUGGGAUUUUGGACGGAUUGCUAAGGUAUGUCGUCAUCUAGAAAACUGAAGAUGAUGAGAAGAAGAGAGCUUCCUUUUGAAUUAGUGGUUGAAAUACUCGCUAGGGUUCCUGUUAAGGACUUAAUACGGUUUAGAUGCGUCUGCAAAACUUGGCGUUCGUUGUUCCAAGACGAGCGGUUUUAUAGACAGCACAUGACUCAUGCCCCAACGAGGAUUGUGUCGUUCCGUCUUUCGGAUAUUCUACUCGGUCGUUUUUCUUGUGAUAAUAGUGGCAACAAGGCUGAGAUGAUACUCCAAGCGAAUAAUAUCUUGAACGCUAGAGGUGAGAGAUUGGUUAUCGAUGCUUCUUUACUUGGUCACUGCCAUGGACUGUUUUGCUUUUGUUUUGAUAAUCGUAUUUUUGGUGUUUGGAACCCGUCACUGAGGGUAUUAAGAGAAAUACGCAAACCUGAUGUCCGUGAAUGGUCUGAGAUGGGUUUUGGGUAUGACCCCUCAAGUCAAGAUUAUAAGAUUGUAUUGCUUCUUAAGAAGCAAGGCAUCCACUCUGAAGCACUUGUGUUUUCCUUAAAGUCAGGUGCGUCUCGGAUGAUUGAGUUCCGUGACAUUGGCAUGCUCCACAGUAGAGUUCCUGGAACACUGGUUGGUGAAAAUAUCUACUGGCAUGUCUAUGAUGCUAAGGUAAAAGUAACUGAUAAGUUUUUGGGCUUUGAUUUGGUGUCAGAGACUUUCAAAUUCUACCCAGGUCCGAGUAAUUGCGGUAAAGGAUUUCCUGAAGUUAUAGCGGGCGGGUUGAGAGGAGGCGGCCUAUGUACAGUAGGGGUUGACGCCCUGUCCGGUGGUUUAAUCGUUUGGUCUGCCCAACAUGACGACAAGAUUGGUGGUGGUAUCAAAUCUUGGAGCAAGAUUUGCAUUCUCUCGCCUGGCAUUCUUGAAAUCUCGACUAGUUGUCGUAUACAUCGCAUUUUUGUAGUGUCUGCGAUAACUUAUGCAGGAUUGCUACUAGUUUUAGUAAAUAUUGAUGGGAAAGAAUCAAUGAAAAGAGAGUCAAAACUGCUUGCGUACAACUUAGAGGAGAAAAGUUUGACAAAUGUUGAGACUAGUUUGUCCCUCUAUUCCUGUGGGCAUCUUCUGACUUAUGUUGAAACGCUUGUCCCUAUUCCUGGACGGUGGAAGCUUUAAAGUUAGUCAAUUUUCAGAACUCUAUUCUCGGAAACCAUAUCAUAGGUGCUGAUGAACAAAACCUCCAGCCAGUGGAUGAAAAAAGAACAUGAACUAACU